CUGUGUUAAGAGGGGGUGACUCACAAAGCAUAUACAAAGUAGCAUAUUCUUCUUCCUCUUCAGCCGCUCGCAGCCCAGCUAAACCUUAUUUUCUUCCCAUUUCUAGUUUCGCCAAUUCUUCUCUCCUCCGUUUCUUGAAGAAUGCAUUCCAAUCAUUUGCUGCUCGAAGAACCCAUUAGGAUGGCCUCCAUCUUGGAGCCAUCCAAAUCUAAUUUCUUCCCUGCAAUGACGAAGAUCGUGGGGACACUGGGUCCCAGGUCUCGUUCUGUAGAUGUUAUUUCUGGGUGUCUCAACGCUGGGAUGUCUGUUGCAAGAUUUGAUUUUUCUUGGGGGGAUGCGGAUUAUCACCAGGAGACUUUGGAGAAUUUGAGGACUGCAAUUAAGAAAACAAGGAAGCUAUGUGCUGUCAUGUUAGAUACAGUGGGUCCGGAGUUGCAGGUGGUUAACAAAAGUGGGAAGGCUAUUUCACUUGAAGUUGAUGGAAUUGUUACUCUCACACCUGAUCAGGGCCAAGAAGCUUCUUCUCAAGUGUUGCCAAUAAAUUUUGAUGGGCUUUCUAAGGUUGUGAAGAAGGGAGACACCAUUUUCAUUGGCCAAUAUCUCUUUACAGGAAGUGAGACUACUUCUGUUUGGCUAGAGGUAGAUGAAGUGAAGGAUGAAGACGUGCUCUGUGUGAUUAAGAACUCUACAACUUUGGCCGGAUCAUUAUUCACUCUGCACGCUUCUCAAAUUCAUAUCGACUUGCCUACGUUAUCUGCUCAAGAUAGAGAGGUUAUAAGCACAUGGGGCGUGGAAAACAAAAUUGAUUUUCUUUCACUGUCUUAUACAAGGCAUGCAGAGGAUGUCCGUGAGGCUCGUGAGUUCCUGUCUAAGCUUGGCGACCUAAGUCAGACUCAUAUCUUCGCUAAAAUUGAAAAUGUAGAGGGUUUAACUCAUUUUGAUGAGAUCCUUCAAGAGGCUGAUGGUAUCAUUCUUUCUCGUGGUAAUCUUGGCAUAGAUCUCCCGCCUGAGAAGGUCUUCCUGUUUCAGAAGGCUGCGAUGCAUAAGUGCAAUAUGGCUGGAAAACCAGCAGUCAUAACACGUGUUGUAGAUAGUAUGACAGACAAUCUUAGACCUACACGUGCUGAGGCAACUGAUGUUGCUAAUGCUGUACUGGACGGAACGGAUGCUAUUCUUCUUGGUGCUGAGACUUUGCGUGGUCUGUACCCUGUUGAGUGUAUUUCCAUUGUGGGCAAAAUUUGUGCUGAGUCAGAAAAGGUUUUUAAUCAAGAUUUGUACUUCAAGAAGACUGUCAAAUUUGUUGGGGAGCCUAUGACACACUUGGAGUCGAUUGCCUCCACUGCGGUACGUGCCGCCAUCAAGGUGAAAGCAUCUGUAAUUAUUUGCUUCACUUCAUCUGGAAGGGCUGCAAGGUUAAUAGCAAAGUAUCGCCCAACAAUGCCUGUGCUAUCAGUUGUCAUUCCUCGCCUCAAGACAAACCAACUCAAGUGGAGUUUUAGCGGUGCAUUUGAGGCAAGGCAAUCCCUUAUUGUUCGUGGUCUCUUCCCGAUGCUUGCUGAUCCUCGACAUCCUGCUGAGUCUACAAAUGCCACAAAUGAGUCUGUACUAAAAGUUGCACUUGAUCAUGGCAAGGCCUCAGGGGUUGUGAAGUCGCACGACCGGGUUGUUGUUUGCCAGAAAGUGGGAGAUGCAUCUGUGGUCAAGAUUAUCGAACUUGAGGACUAAAAGCUGCUACACGUUUUCGCAUCAUCUCUAUCACAGUUUUUCGCGGUGGAGGUGGACCCCGCCAAAGCCGUUACUGUGACUGGGGAUCGCGUGUUUUGGAUUCAUACAAUUUCACGUAUAAUAACGCGUAGUUUGUACUGAUGGGUAAACCUAUUGAUCCAAACCCUUUUUUUUGUCUGCUUGUGCUUUUGAAAAUGAAGCUGUCUGUAUUUCAGGGUUUUCAGAUUUCUGCAUCAUUUGUUGCCACACUUCAAGAAUAAAAGUCUAGCAACUAAUUGCAAAAUAUAAUUCUUUCGGAAAUAUCAACACAAAUUUCGUAUGGCCCCUCUUUUUUAAUAACACGCUUUGUCAUAA